AUGACCUUUGGCUGCCUCCACCCCUCCUCUCCUGUUUCUCCAUCACCUCACGCCGGCUCUCCGUCUGCCAUGAGUCCAGAGAACGACUACACCAACACCACCACCAAUGGGCUGGACGAGAUGGUUAGUGGAUAUGGGUCUGCGUUCUCUCCUCCCAGCAGUACCAUGGCGGCCGCCACUAUCCCCGCGUCGAUCAGCACUCCUACUCUGAGCGCCCGCAGUGGUGCGGGCGCUCAGAGUGCGACGGGGAGCGGGGCGACCGCCUCGCCCUGCGGGGACCGGGACAGGAUGCUGCGGGACAAGGACCGGCAGAUUGAAAUGCUGACCCGGAUGCUGAACCAGAAGCAGAGGCUGGUGGAGCUGCUCCGGAUGCAGCUGGAGCAGGGCAACCGAGGAGGCCGGCUAGGUGGUGGUGGGGGUGGCGGAAAGCGCGGCGGCGACGGACGUCAUGGAGACGCAGCUGCCGCCGUGUCCCGCGGGGGGGCCGUCCCUCGCUGCCUUCCCCACCCUGGGUCCUGGGGGUCCCCCGGGACCUGGAGGCCCUCCGGACGGGUCGGGAAACCACGCCAACGGGCCCGAGCAGCGACACGUCUGCAGCAGGCGGCGCUCCAGCUGGCCCAGCAGAGGGCUAUUCAGAAGCUCCUCCUACAGCCAAAGAACCAACAGACCCAGCAGCACUUGCUUCAGAGCCCCGGCCAACAGAACCAGCAGAACCUCCAGCAACGCUCCCAGCAGAGGAAGAAGAAGUCCCACAAGCAGCAGCUCAAACAACAGCAACAACAACAACAACAACAACAACAACAACAGCUACUUUCUCAAUCACAGCCACAGCAGCAGCAGCAGCAGCCACAGCCCAGGCAGAGCCAAACCCAGCCCAAGCAACAGGUGCCGCUGAGGCCGCAGCAGUCAGUGAGGCUGCAGAGUUGCACCCAGCAGCAGCAGCAGCAGCCGAUGCAGCAGACAGCGGCGCCGCGGUGCCACCAGAGCCCCAUUCAGGCCAAGGUUCAACAGUUGCUGCACGCCAAGCAGCAGCAAACGCUGGUGCAACAGACACCACAGCAGGAGAAUCAGGGUUCUCAACUUCUCCUCAACCAGCAGAAUGGCUCCGCCACCUCCUUCAACCUGGACUACCUGAAUACGGUCGUAUCCCCGGCCCUGCUUACCGACGGCAACGGAAACCACUUCCUGGUUGCACUGACCAAUCAUGUGUCCGAGUUACAAAAGACCAGCCCAUCAGAAAACAUUGCAACCACACAAAACACUCCAAAGGGACUCCAAGCUACACCUUGGCUCCCUGGCCAGUUAGCUCCUCAGCCAGAUUGUCCUCACAACCAAUCAGAAGACAGGACAUACCCAGGGUCCUUAAAAGUACCAAACAGAAAGGACGUGGGACCUGAAGUUGCAAUCGACCAAUCCCAGCAGGAGGGCAUCCAUUCCCUGUCAUCAUUCUUUGACAAUGAGACUUUGGAGAAAGACGCGUUGUUACCCUCGGUAAAAACGGAGGAGGAGGAGGAGGUGUUCUCAGUCCUGGACCACAGCCUCCUGUUCAGCCCUCUGUCUCCAGCCUCUCUGAGGACGCCAGCCUCCUCUCCUGGUUACAGAGAAAACCCAGACGACCUCUUCGACAUCCUGUUUCAAACCGGAGAAAUAUCAUCCUCCUUCAAACCCUCUCCAGACCCCUCCCUGGAUGGCCUGCACACCAGCCCCCCCCUUCCCCCUAUUCCUCCUCCUCUCUCCCCCCUACAGCGGGAGCUGUCCUCCCUGCCUCAACACCACCCUUCGACCACCUUCAUUUCCCACAUGCGAUAAACAAAG